UUCAAUGGCUGUUGGCAAGAGAAACCCGAAUAUCCAAUAUAAAACUAAUUUUACCUCGGUCACUUUAUAGAGAGGACACCACGGUAGUCUAGGUUAGUCUACGGAACGAAGAACACUUGAUAGCAAGAAAUAAAUAAUUAAAGAAAGAAAGGCGGAUUAUAGACAUUGUUUUGAAACCCAGAGGCCGAAGAAUUGUGGAUUACCGGUCAACGCGUGAGGUCGUCUCGUCGAACCGGAGCGAUGUCUGUCGCGGGGCUGAAAAAGCAGUUCCACAAAGCCACUCAGAAAGUCAGUGAGAAGGUUGGAGGAGCAGAAGGAACCAAACUUGAUGAUGACUUCCUUCAGAUGGAAAAGAAGGUGGACACCACCGGUAGGGCAGUGCUAGACAUCAUGACCAAAACUACAGAAUACCUACAGCCCAACCCAGCAUCCAGGGCUAAACUGAGUCUGAUAGGGACCAUGUCUAAGAUCAGAGGACAGGAGAAGGGACCGGGUUACCCCCAGGCUGAGACUGUACUGGGUGAGGCCAUGCAGCGCUUCGGACGAGAGCUGGGACAGGAGUCAUGCUUUGGUCUGGCUCUCCUAGAUGCUGGGGAGGCCAUGGGUGAGCUGGGGGCGGUGAAGGAUGCCCUGGAUAUGGAGGUCAAACAGAACUUUAUUGAUCCACUGCAGAACCUACAGGAAAAAGACAUCAAAGAAAUACAGCACCACCUGAAGAAGAUGCAGGGACGCCGCCUGGACUUUGACUAUAAGAAGAAACGUCACGGUAAAGGAGUUCUGGAGGAUGAGAUCAGACAGGCGCUGGAGAAGUUUGAUGAGUCCAAAGAAGUGGCAGAGCAGAGCAUGUUCAACCUGCUGGAGAGUGAUAUUGAGCAGGUGAGUCAGCUAGCAGCGUUGGUCCAGGCCCAGGUGGAGUAUCACAGACAAGCCACAGAAAUACUACAGCAGCUCUCCAGCAAGCUGCACGAGAGGAUCAGGGAGGUGCAGGAUAAACCCAGGAAGGAGUAUGUUCCUAAACCCCGGAUGGUCCUGGAGCUGCUCCCCCCCAGCGAUAGCCACAAUGGGGGGCUCAACACCACCAAGUCCCCAGGCCCCGCGCGCACCCCCGCUCCUAUGGACCAACCGUGCUGCCGGGCGUUGUAUGACUUUGUGCCGGAGAAUGAGGGUGAGCUGGGUUUCAAAGAGGGCGAUAUCAUCACCCUAACCAAUCAGAUCGAUGAUAACUGGUACGAGGGAAUGGUCAACGGCCAAUCAGGUUUCUUCCCCAUCAACUACGUGGAUAUCCUGGUUCCACUUCCUCAUUAGGCCACCCACCCCCACCCAAUCUUCACCCCACUCCCUGCCGGGGGCCCCAGCCUCUGCCCAGCCUCUGCCCAGCCUCUGCCCAGCCUCUGCCCAGCCUAAUCCACGCCUUCUUCUUUGUGCUUGUGUGAGUGCAACUGCUUUUUUCACAAAGAACUACAACUGUGAGGAACAAGGGACUACAAUUGUAUAGGAUUCUGCAAGAAGAAGAAGAAGAAGAAGAAUGAGGGAUAAGUGAGCUGGUUGAACUAACUGAAGACUGGUGGAAUCAGAGUAGUGAGAUGGUUGAACUAACUGAAGACUGGUGGAAUCAGAGUAGUGAGAUGGUUGAACUAACUGAACUAACUGGUGGAAUCAGAGUAGUGAGAUGGUUGAACUAACUGAAGACUGGUGGAAUCAGAGUAGUGAGAUGGUUGAACUAACUGAACUAACUGGUGGAAUCAGAGUAGUGAGAUGGUUGAACUAACUGAAGACUGGUGGAAUCAGAGUAGUGAGAUGGUUGAACUAACUGAAGACUGGUGGAAUCAGAGUAGUGACAUGGUUGAACUAACUGAAGACUGGUGGAAUCAGAGUAGUGAGAUGGUUGAACUAACUGAAGACUGGUGGAAUCAGAGUAGUGACAUGGUUGAACUAACUGAAGACUGGUGGAAUCAGAGUAGUGAGAUGGUUGAACUAACUGAAGACUGGUGGAAUCAGAGUAGUGAGAUGGUUGAACUAACUGAAGACUGGUGGAAUCAGAGUAGUGAGAUGGUUGAACUAACUGAAGACUGGUGGAAUCAGAGUAGUGAGAUGGUUGAACUAACUGAAGACUGGUAGAAUCAGAGUAGUGAGAUGGUUGAACUAACUGAAGACUGGUGGAAUCAGAGUAGUGACAUGGUUGAACUAACUGAAGACUGGUGGAAUCAGAGUAGUGAUCUGGUUGAACUAACUGGUGGAAUCAGAGUAGUGAUCUGGUUGUGUAAAGAGCCAUAGAUGGAUAAAUAUCUAUAUACAGUAUGUGUCUAUGGUUAUGUGUACUGUAAUAGGUUCCAAUGUAUUGCAUGCUGGGACAAGCCAUUUAAAGGUGGACGUUUUGCCAUUUAAAGGUGGACGUUUUGCCAUUUAAAGGUGGACGUUUUGCCAUUUAAAGGUGGACGUUUUGCCAUUUAAAGGUGGACGUUUUGCCAUUUAAAGGUGGACGUUUUGCCAUUUAAAGGUGGACGUUUUCAAAGGUUAAAUAAAGAGAACUGUUACAUGGUG